AUGCAAUCCUGUGAUAAAAAAGGUCUUGACGAUGUUGAAACUAACGUGAUUGAUUAUCGGUUACAAUCAGUAGAACAAUUGGAAAGAGAGAAUGAAAUUGGAAAGACUAUCUUCACUGAACGAAGUCGUGUAGUAAAUUUGGAAUCAAUUACAGCCGUGCUACUGGAUCCUGAUCUCGAAGCUGUUCGGCAAUUGGAAAAAAAAGUAAAAGAUAUUAUUGAUUAUGUUGAACUAUUUGAUAAUCCGACAAAAUGUGAAGAAUAUAUGCGACAAAUCAAAUAUGAAGGUAUUAUUUUCAUAGUUUCGAGUCUUCUAGUAACAUCAAUCAUUUCCAAUAUUCAUGAUUUGCAACAAUUACACGCUAUUUAUGUUUAUAAUCAAUCGAAAACAAAAAUCAAAGAAGACUGGAUAGAAAAGAAUUGUACAAAACUCGGAGGAUUAUUUAUCGAUUCAAAUGAACUAAUUCAAUAUUUAAUACUCAAUCGCAGUCGUUUAGUAAAAACCCUGGCUGAUGAUACAGAAUUCUUAUUCAAAAAACCAGAAAUUGAGCGUACAGUGAUCGGAAAAGCGUUUCAAUAUGGCUUACAUCCUUUUGUGCGUCUUUUAUUAGAUCAUCCUAUUAAUCGUAAUCGAGGAAAAGAAAAAUUGAUUAACUAUGUGAAAAGUUAUUACAAAGACAAUGCCUCGGAAAUGAAAAAGAUUUUGGAUUUCGAAGAAAAAUACAUACCAAAUGAUGUUAUACUCUGGUACACGAAAGAUAGUUUUAUUUUUCGUAUCCUUAACAAAGCAUUACGUUUACAAAAUUAUGAAAUAAUCUUCCUAUUCCGUUUUUUCAUUAUUGAUCUAUGGAACCAAAUUGAAUGUGAAAAUUGGAAAUAUUUUCAAGUUCAUAGUGAUUUUCCUAUUGUUUGCUACCGAGGUCAAAUGAUGACCAAAAGCGAAAUUGAGAACUUGAAAAAAUUGAAUUUAGUGACUCUCAACACAUUUUUAUCAACUUCUCGUAACCGUGAGGUUGCUCUUAUGUUCACCGAUCAAAAUCAGACUUCUACAAAGAACAUUUUACAAUCGGUUUUGUUUGUAAUUAGCAUUGAAAAUUGGACUAAAGACUGCAAAUAUCCAUUGUUCGCCGAUAUAACUUCUCUCAGUAGUUUUAGAGAAGAAGAAGAAACUCUCUUUAUGGCUGGCGCAGAGUUUGACAUAACGUCUGUUGAAUUCAAUCAAACAAAAUUACUAUGGAUUAUCAAUUUAAAACUCAGACAAACACCAACAUGGAGUUUCUUCGAAGAAAAGGAGAGUCAUCACGCGUCUAUUUUAGAAUGUGGACUUUCAUUGUUUGAAUACAAUAAUCACAAUAGCAGUUCUCAAGUCGAACAAUAUUUUACUGCAGUAUUGAACGAAUUUUCCUUUUCUGAUCGUUAUGUUUUCGCAUGUUACACUGGAUUGGGUUUAAUAGCUUUGUUUUCAAAGAAUUAUGACUUAGCACUGGAAUAUUUUCACAAAUGUUUAGAUAUUUCUAAAAAUAAUUUCGAAGAAAACUUCAAUUUAAUGUCUCUUGUUCUCUGUUUUAUCGGAAAUGUAUAUCGAGAACGUAAUGAUUACAAUGUAGCAUUGGAUUGGUAUGAAAAAGCAUUGAAAUCAAAAUUUUACUGUUAUCUCAAAUAUUCUCUACCUGUACCAUAUUUAUUCAACGAUUAUCCGUUGUUCAAUAUUGCAUUUGUCUAUAAAUUGAAAGGUGACGUUCAUCAAGCAUGGAAAACUUACGAAAACUUCAUUGAAAAUUCUUCCAAUAUUGAUGAUUUUGACGAAGAAAUAACAUAUUCAAGAAUAUGUACCGUAUUUACAGACAAUACUAAUUUUGAUACGAACAUGGAACAAAGCAAAAUGUUUAUAAAUAUUAGUUUUGACUAUAUGAUUAAACAUAAUAGUAAUGCAGUAUUUACGGCAUAUAAACUAUUAGCAAUUGAAUAUUUUAAUAAUAAAUGCUAUCAAUUAUCAUUGGAAUUAUUUAAUUUACAACGUAUUUUGCUAUUAAAUUAUGGAUCGAGUGAAUACGGACAAAGUGCUUUAAACUAUCAAUGGACUGCAAAAGUAUACUUGAGAAUAGGUCAUAUUGACAUGGGUAUUCAAUCGUACAAAGAAGCAUUGGAACGCAUUGUCGUUUAUUUUUCUAUAUAUGCUGAAUUUACUGAUAUUCUCACUUAUAGAGAUUAUGAAGAAACCUUAAGUUUUUUCUUAAAUGACAAAGCUAACAAUCUGAAUAAUGUUGAAAUCGAAUCUGUUUAUGAAAAUAUCCAAAGACGUUAUAUUCUUAAAUCAUCUGAAUUACGAUUUAUUAAAAACUUAGUAAGUGUUUAUUCUCAAUAA